AUGCUUCCAGCUAUACUUCAACGGGUCCUGUCGGCCUCGGUCACGGUGGACCAGGAGGUUGUAUCCAAGAUAGGAAAAGGCGUGCUUGUGCUCGCAGCUAUGGCGCCCGGUGAUACUGAGAAGGAAGCCGAAUCUUUAGCGGCGAAGGUGCUGAAGCUGAAGUUAUGGGACGAUGCAUCUGGAGGUCGUUGGAAGAAAAAUGUCCAGGACAUAGACGGCGAAGUCCUAUGCGUGUCUCAAUUCACGCUUCUCGCGUCGACGAAAAAGGGCAACAAGCCAGACUUUCACGGCGCAAUGGGUGGGGAGGAUGCUAAGAAACUGUACGAGUACUUCUACAGCAAAGUUCAGGCGGGGUAUGCGGUCGAAAAGGUCAAGAAUGGCGUGUUUCAGGCCAUGAUGCAGGUUGCUUUGGUCAACGAUGGACCGGUGACACUCGAGAUAUCGGCACAACCGAAGCCAGAAAAAGAUAAGCAAAAGACGACAGCCGCCGAGCCAUCAGCUUGA